AUGACUUCUCCAUUAACAACUGAGGAGCUCCAGGCAUCCCAGCUACAGGGCAGUCAGAGUGUGUCCAACCGUAUCCGUGUUAUAGCAAGAGUUCGACCCUUUCUCCCUGGAGAAGUAGUACCAAACCCGGCAUGCAUCACGGCAUCAAACAACGUAAUUACGGCCCGUGAUCCCACCAACUCAAUGGUAGUCACAUCUCAUCCAUUUGAUAUUGCGCUGGGGCCGUCUUCCACCCAAGAUAACGCUUAUGAAACCAUAUCUAAUGACAUCUAUCGCGUGAUGUGUGGCGUUCCUAUGCUUCUUUUGGCAUAUGGAGUCACAUCUGCAGGAAAGACAUACACUCUUUUUGGAGAAGGAAAGGACACGGGCCUCUAUGGGCGGGCAGUCAACGAUUUGUAUCGGCUCAUUGACAUCUCAGCCAUUGCUAAGUCUGCACUGGUGAGCAUUUCAGUGGUACAAAUAUAUAUGAAUAACGUCAUGGAUCUGCUGAAUAAAGGAGAGCCUCUCAAACUCCACGGCGCAGGGACGGAUCCUCUUCCCGGAAGAAAAUGGAUAGAUGUCGAUUCUGCAGCCAGCUGCUUGUCUCUGACUCGACGUGCCUUACAAAACAGGGAGAUGUCAUCUACAGCACUGAACACAAUGUCUUCGAGAUCACACUGUAUCGUUUUCCUUCGAAUUUUAGAUACUGCCACGGGCCAGGCAUCAGGGCUGACAGUCGUCGACUUAGCUGGUAGUGAACCACACAUGCCCGGGGCAUCUAAACAGGUUCAGCAGGAAUCCAGCUUCAUCCGUACGUCGUUGCUAAUGCUCGAUCGGGCUAUGAAGGACCUGAAGAGCCUCAACUGCACACGGACGACCUCUGUGAGUUUCCGCUCUUCUCCUCUCACUAUGGCUCUGCGUCCAUAUCUGCAGCCUGCAAGCGAUUUCUCCCUUCCGUGCAACGCAGUUAUCUUUCUCAAUCUUCACGGAAAGGUAGAUGGGUUUUUCAGUAACAAAGAGACACUCCAACUCGGUCUCGUCGCCAAGUCGGUUAAGAAUUAUUCUAAAACAGCUUCUCGCCUCGGCGUGCUUAGCACAACGGCGGCGUCCAUGGCUGGGUCCAUGGGCAAGUCCCUUUCGCGUUCUUCUCGCGCUCGCCCCACCGAUAUUGCUAUAGAGGAUGGGGGCAGUCUUCCUAGUCCAGAAAUUACUGGCACUAUUUAUGCUACAGCAGAUACAAACAUUACGCUAUCUCAAUGCAGUAGUGCACAGGACAUUACUCGCUUCCCUAAUUGUCCUACUUCUCUUGUGAUUCAAGGAGACAGCAUACUUAUACCAAUCACGUACUGGAACAGCAUUCUAACAGAGUUUGAAAACCUGGCGACUGCAUUGGCCAAUGCAAGCGGGGAUAUUCAGGAGGAGCUUCAAAAUGCCCGCCAAGAGGCAGUCGCCGAAAUGGCACAGCUCAUGGAACUCAACAUUGCGAAGGAACGUGAAACUCUGUUAACCGAUAUCGUUGAAAGGGACGCAACUAUUAACAGCCUUCAGCAAGAACUUGUCAUAGUGAUGGCAAACAAUGAUACACUAUCAAAGCAGCUAUAUGUCACUAAGACAAAGCUUAACAGUUUUCAGGCGACAGUUGAUUCACAGCAGAGCAGUCAACGCGGCACAUCGAAAUUUGGCGAUCCUGUAUUCAGCACAUCUAUCGAUAAUAAUCUAUUAGAUCAACUAAGAUCGUACAGGGAGGAGAACUAUCAACUUAAGCAGCGCCUAUCAGAACUAGAGAGCCAGUACAGACGCUCCGUCUCUCAGUUGGACUACAUCAAAGCAGAGCUGCAGCGUGCAUCCACCGAUAGCACGAGGCUGUCCAUACCCUCUAACUUAAUGGGGCUUCCAGACACAAUGACCAGUACUCCUCGAGAUCUCUCUAAGAGCGAGUAA